AUGAAAUCGAAAGAAGAGUCGAGUGUAGGUACUUUGAAACGACGCUGUGAAAGUUUAUUCGAUGGGAAUGGACUGCGUAAUGAUGGUCAGUGUGUGCCUGAAAAGAAGAAAAGAUGGUCGAAUAAACAUAUUAGAGAGUCUGAGGCUUUCAAUGCAAAACCCUGGGAGCACAUCGAUCAUGUCAUUAUGAAUCUACCUGCCUCAGCCUUACAAUUUCUUGAUGCCUUUAGAGGUCUUAUCCAUACGAAACACUGGAAAGGUUCUCUCCCAUGGAUCCACUGCUAUUGCUUCAUGAGAUCGAACGAGACAGAGGGCAAAAUAAUAUCAGAGGCAGAGACUGCAUUAGGUGCUAGAAUUCAAGAUCCAAUAUUUUAUAGGAUCAGAGAUGUUGCCCCAAACAAGGCAAUGUUUUGUUUAAGCUUUAGAUUACCAGAGGAAGCAUGCAUUGGUGGCAUACCCGAGACUAAAGUCGACUCGAUGUCCAUGUGGUCGUUGUGUCAGAAUAAACGGACCACCUACCACGAAUUUCUGUCUUGGGCUCAACAACAUGUUAUGGCUGAGGAAUCUAUGUCUGCGCCAACCUUCGAUGUCCUCGAAGGCAAAACGCCAAAAGGAAAAGAGGCCAAACAAGCUCGGGACCCUGUGAAAGAAGCUCAGAACGCACAAAUCUGA